AUGAAGCCUGGGAGUGAGAAUUCAUCUAUUGGCGGUGGGAGUCAGAGUAUCCUGUCUUCAUUGCAAGGUUUGGAAUUCAUCGAGGCAGUUCAGGUUGUGCGUGAACACUUUAUUGCGAAGCCUUGCUCCUAUGGGGUUGAUAGUAUGAUUGGUGCUGAGUUGCGGAAUUGGAUCUUCAAGGAGCUGGGUCUGGAUAUCUCUUUCCAACAGCUGUUGGGUCCGAGUUUGACGAUCACCAAGUUUGCAGAGGAUAUUUGUGCCAAAGCAUGGGAGUACAAGGGUGAUAUAGUGGGACAGCACUGUGGAUCUGUACACAAAGGAAAUUGUAAGAGAAAGGAAGCUAAUCCUAGUGUCCCCAACAGCAGGUGA